AUGUAUAUCUCUCGCAUGAAGGCUCUCAAAUUCUGUUGCCUUCUUGCCCUGCACCUCCUUCAUCUCAUCGACGGUGUAGCUUCACUGGUGAGCGGCUAUGCUUAUACACCAUGCAAUAGUUCGAUUGCAGAGUACAACAAAGAAGAAGAUCAUGAGCUAUUGAUGGAGUUAGAGACAAGUCCAAGGUUUCUUGCAGAACAGAAAAUGAUAUCAUAUGGGGUUCUAAACCCUAACCAGCCGGCCUGCAAUGGCGGAGGUAGAGGUCAAGCGUAUAGUAAAAAUGUAGGCUGUCUACCUCCCCCAUCUGAUCCUCCUAGUAGAGGUUGCUCUAAAUAUUAUCAUUGUAGGCUUGGCUCCUGA